UGUAUAAGAGACUCACAUAGUUGUUCUCUCUUCCACACUGAGUCAUCACUCGUCUCCGAAGAAAGCUGAAAACAGUUUCUUUUAUAAUUUCCUCUUCUCAUUUUCUGAUAUCUCUGUCUUAUGCUCUGAAGUUUUCUGCUCUCUUGGCUGUCUCUCUAGGAGCCAAGAGAAGAAUGUGAAGGAGAUUCUAGUGGGCACAUCUCCCUGUCCAAAAUCAAGACAAAUCCAGAAAUUGGUAGAUUUUUGGUGAGAAGUUAUAUGUUCUGUUCUCAUCAUUAGAAGAUCAUGGAUGAUUUUAUAGAUCCUUUCCUUUCGUCAUCAUCAUGGUCAGAUCAUGUUAAUGCAUCUUCAAGAUCAUCAUGGGGUGGAUCUAUUGAAUCUCAGUCAAAUGGCUUACUUACUGAUUCAAUUGUAGCAUAUGGAGAUGAAAAAAGUUUACCUGUGUGCAUGAUUUCCUCACCUCAUAUCAUGAGCAAUGUUGCAGCUGGACAUUUGGAUCUCCAUGCUCAUGCACAUAUCAUGGGCAAUGAGACCCAUGAAAACAAUUUUUCGCUCAAGGAUGUAUAUGAAAGCAAAUCUACCUCUGGAUCAUAUGGACGGGAAUUAAAUACAUCGUGCUCUGUGACGCUUCCAAAUAGUGCAUUAACUGUGUCCAGUUCAAUUGAAAGCAAUGGCAGUGAACCAUCCAAAUUUGACUCUAUUUCUUCAGUUCCAUCAAUGUGGCCUCCAUCAUAUUCAGGCAUUUCUCCUUUUAUGGAACAAGGAAAACUAGAAAGUUUUGGCUUUCAAGGGGUUGAAAGUAAUGCUGAUGAAUUGGGUAAAACCUAUAUUGAGAAUGGCAAGCAUCCACAUCUCGACAAUUCUGCUGCUGCUGCAUCUCGACACAUAAAUGGUUGCAAUGGGAUAAACUCGACCAAUUUCUCUAAUCUCAAUCUUUUGCAACAAAUGAAGAUGACUAAUGGUGGCUUGCACCCUCAUCAAGAGGAGCAAAAUGGGGUGAAUAACCUUCACUUGCCGUCUUUCACUGCUGGGUCACUAUUAAAUUUGAGUAAAUCAUCUGGAGUACAAGCUUGCCAACAGUUGGCGCAAUCCACUGAAGGAAAUAUCCUGAAGAAUCAAACAAGCAACUCUUCUAUUCAACACCAAGCAACUCCAGCUAAUAAUGGUAAUUGCAAUGGGACUACAAAGCCACGUGUCCGUGCACGACGUGGUCAGGCCACUGAUCCUCAUAGCAUCGCUGAACGGCUUCGGAGAGAGAAAAUUGCUGAAAGGAUGAAGAAUUUGCAGGAACUUGUUCCAAAUUCCAAUAAGACUGACAAGGCAUCAAUGCUCGAUGAAAUCAUAGAUUAUGUCAAAUUCCUUCAGCUACAAGUCAAGGUCCUUAGCAUGAGCAGGCUGGGUGCAGCUGGAGCAGUAGUGCCUUUAAUUACAGAUAUACAAGCUGAGGGCUCUGGAACUCUUCAUCUAUCAUCCAUUGGCAAUGGAAGCACUGAUCUUUCUGAGGCCGAGGACAACUUAGCCUUCGAGCAAGAAGUUGUGAAGCUGAUGGAAUCCAAUGUCACGGCCGCAAUGCAAUUUCUUCAGAACAAAGGGCUCUGCCUCAUGCCCAUCGCCCUCGCUUCUGCAAUCUCCACCCAAAAGGGUUCAUCUUCUGCCUCCAUUCCUCCUGAGAGAAGGAAGUCUGAUGUUGGUGUUACCAAAAAGGAAGAGCCUUGAAGAAAAGUUCAGGCUUUAGAGGAUAACUAACCUCACUCUUUGUUUUUUACUAGUUUGAGUAAUAGUUAAUUUUGUGUAUAGGUUUUUGGGUAGUAAAUUUGUAUACCGUACAUGUACAUGCAAUGUUUUUGUGUGUAUGUAUACGGGAGUAAAUAAAUAAAUGUGUUGUAGGCUUUGAUGGAUUUGUGUUAUGAUCCAAUGUUUACUUUUGUGUGGUAAAGCAUGUUAUAUCGAACCGAGAGUGUUUUCUUUUGAAUGUUUUAAGGAAUAUGGAGGAUAUAAUUGAACUUUUGAUGUAUGACAUCUGGUUAAAGUA